UCUUACAAACAUACGAUGGUGCUUACAAGGUGUAUGAUAGAUUGACGUUACUACCACAAAGCACACCAACUCGGCACCCCUUCUCGUGCCAAGCAAACCACCACAGACAAAUCCCCUAUUAUGAACGGACAUCUUCUUCCGGCUUUGCAUAUCACAGACUCCAAUGAUGAUAAAGUUGGCUCCCCUAGCUGAAAUAUAUCAAGAUGGAGAGUGUUGACAUGAAUAUCAAGGCAGUGAUCCUUAAGGGUGAGCAAACCCAGUUGGAAUGCUCUACAAGAACAAGGACUCUGGGAAUAUUCCUGAUGGAGUCUUCAUCCAAAAUUAAAGGAAAUAUUCUCUAUUGAUACCAAAUUUCUUUAUGGCGGUGAUGUGGCAGAUGAGAUGAUCGAGCUGGUAUCUUUCAUGAUUUGGGAGUCUACACGUUAAUUUAUCAUUUAAGGUUGAGGAUCAGAAUCAUGAUCAUAGAAACAAAAACUAUCCCGGCUCAUGAUUAAGAUCUCUGCAUUGGUAUAGUCCAUUUUAGAUCCUUACAAUGGUUUGGGUCUUUUCAAGCUUGGUAAAAGGACUUUAGUGCUCAAAUUAAUUCCCAACCUCAACUAGUUUAGUCUGUCUCAAGCUUAAGUGUGCUUGACUUCAGCCCAAAGAUGAGGUACUUGUGAGUGGAUUCAUUCAGUUGCCAAGUAUGAUCGCAUGGCUUCCACGAACACAGACCAUGGGAGCAGCUCAAUGCCUGCUUAAGCCUGACGAGACCAGACCAGAUUUCAAAUGCGUCAGCUACAUGUCCAUCUAAAGCUCAUCAGCACUGUCCAAAAAAGAAGAAGAAAAGAAGACAAAGUGUUUCUUUUCUUUUCCAAAAGACCAUUUGUGGCCUCUAGACAGGGUCUCUUUAAGGAAGAAAGAGGCUUCUAUAACAGCAGGUAUAACCCUCUUCUGUCCUCAAAGAGAGGAGAAGGUGCAUCGAUGGGGUUGUGGGGUUUCACGCUUCAAGUUAGGCACGCGUGGGUUAUUCUAUUCUCUCUCACUUCUUAUAGUCAAAGACUAACAUGAUGCCAGUGCGACUUGCCCUUUUUUUCCCUUCUGCACUUGUGAGAAAUCACCAAAUGAGCAGGAAAUAUAUAGGGAUCUUUCUCUGGUGUUUUAGCUCAAGGAGGAAACUUUUGAUCCAUAGAGUCUGAGAAGGCAGCCGAAGAUGAAGUUUAUGAAGCUUGGAACCCGGCCAGAUACCUUCUUCACCACAGAAUCCAUAAGGUCUGUUUCAUCAGAAGUCUCCACCGACCUCCAAAUACAAGUGCAGAACAGCUUCUAUCGGCUGCACAAGUUUCCUCUCCUCUCUAAAUGCUUGCGCCUGCAAAGGCACUGCUCUGAGCUUAAAGAUGCAGCCGAGCACGCGAUCAUCCAACUUCCGGACCUUCCCGGUGGCGCUGAGGCCUUCGAGACCUGCGCCAAGUUCUGCUACGGCAUCACCAUCACUCUCAGCGCCCUCAACAUCGUGCCCGUUUGGUGCGCCGCCGAGUACCUUCAGAUGAAUGAGGACGCCGAGAGAGGCAACCUCGCCCGCAAGCUCGAUAGCUUCUUCGAGUCCUGCAUCCUCCGCCGGUGGAAGGACACGCUGGUGACGCUGCAAAGCACGAGAAAGUACCCUCCCUUGUGCGAAGAACUCGGAAUUACCGCUCGCUGCGUCGACGCCGUUGCCACGACCAUCGUAGCCAAUCAUCCGAACUCGAAGGCAGCGCCAAGGAACUGGUGGGCUGAGAGCAUCAGUGAACUGGGAUCAGACCAUUACUGGAGAAUCAUGGUGACCAUCAAAUCUGCCGGCGUCGUCUCCGACGAGCUCAUCGUGGAUGCACUGCAGAUCUACGCAUGGAGGUGGCUGCCAGAUACGUCGAGAGAUGGCUACGAGAGUAACCUCGCGACCGAGGACUCUUCCUCGGAGUCUCGCAGACAGAGGCUGCUCAUGGACAAGAUAGUGAGCUUGCUGCCUAGCGAGAAGGGCUCUGCUUCCUGCAGCUUCCUCCUCAAGCUUCUCAAGGUUGCCAACAUACUAAACGCUUCGUCGUCGUUGAGGAUGGAAUUGCGCAGGCGAAUCGGAAGGCAGUUGGAGGAAGCAUCCGUCGACGAUCUCCUGAUUCCACCUGCGUCAACUUCGAACGACGCAUUGUACGAUGUCGACACAGUGAUGGCCGUACUGGAGGAGUUCCUGCUUCAGGGACACAGCCCACCAACCAGUCCGCCCCGAGAAAGGCUUCGUUGUUGCUCCAAGUCGAGGGUGGCUAAGCUAAUCGACGGCUAUCUCCAAAAGAUUACCGAAGACAAGAAUCUACCGAUGGAGAAGUUGAUUGCCAUUGCUGAGGCUGUUCCAGAUUCCGCCAGGCCCGACCAUGAUGAUCUCUACAGAGCUGUCGACAUCUACCUCAGGGCACACCCAGAGCUCGACAAGAAUGCAAGGAAGCAGCUAUGUCGGAUCUUGGACUGCAAGAAGCUCUCCAUGGAAGCCUGUGCGCACGCGGCGCGGAACGACGUGCUGCCUCUGAGGGUGGUCGUACAGGUGCUGUUCUUCGAGCAGGCACGCGCCGCCUUGGCCGGUGGCCGGGUGAUUGAGCUGCCCGGCAACGUCAAGGCGUUGCUGUCUACAAGCCCUGCCGCUCCUCCGGAAGAUGGUUGGAGCAUCUCGAGAUUGAAAUGCCCAUCGACGAAGCUUGUGACACUUAAGAUGAGGCUCGAAGAGGAGGACGAGGACGAUGACAUGGACGAUGAUUUGGUUCCGCGUGAUGCUCUCAUGAGGAGCGCUUCUUCGAGGUUGAGAGCUCUGUGCUCUCUUCCGAGGACUCCAAAGAGGAUCAUAGGCAAACUGCUGGCCGUGAACAGAAGUGUGAGCUACAGGCAUUAAUCCAAACUUCUUGCCUUCAUCAAUUCCAUGCAGCUUCUUCACAUAUCUGGCCCAAUAAUGAUAGAGGAUUUAUAUCAAGGCAAUCUGUCCUUUGCUCCCAUGCCAAGUCAUUCUCAUUGUCAAUCCCAUUGUUCCUCAGGGGAUGAGUCAUUGGUGCCUCUCUCUCUCUCUCUUUCUCUUGGCUGUAGGACAAAAGGACAUGCAAUUUGUGUACUGGAGCAUUGUAAGUGGUUUGAAUACCCUCAACAUCUCCUUGAUCUCGAUGGUUUAUCUACAUAGACACACUGCCCAAAAAACAAAAAAGAAACUAUGAUGUUAAUGGCAAGUAAUGCUUUAAAAUGGCAGGUUGAUGGCCAUUUGUAUGUAUGUUUGUUUACCAUAUAUUUCUUUUGUUAAAAGAUUUUAUUUUA